UAUAUAUCUUCAAAAGUGUUUGUAGAUAUGUCAAAAAAAAAAAACAAUUUGACAUGUCUACGAGGAGAAUAAAUAAUUGGUGGGAUACUUGUUCAAAGAUUAUAGUGAGCAGCAACGGUGGAGGAAAAGUUGCAGUGAUUGACGCCAUUUUGUUCAAAGAAUUGGAUAGCCUUAUCUUCACCUAAUCCACGUGGCAUCUCAUAAUUGGCAUACGAAAUCUCAGACAUGAAAACCAUUCGCCACGUGUCAGAACAAGAUUCAUCCAUGAGUGAAGUAGAUUCUCUACCUAUGCAUAUUACAAACACUCCACUCACUUACUUUGGCAACAUCAAGGACUGAAGGAGAGAAGUCUUUAUUGUUUGUUCGUCUGAGAAACAUGGCGUCUUUAGCAACCAUCGCCGCCGUUCAACCCUCUGCCACCAUCAAAGGACUCGGAGGAAGCUCUCUCGCCGGAUCUAAGCUUUUCAUUAAGCCUUCUCGCCAAAGCUGCAAACCCAAAUCCACAAGAGCUGGUGCCGUGGUGGCUAAAUAUGGAGACAAAAGUGUAUACUUUGAUUUAGAAGAUUUGGGUAACACAACAGGGCAAUGGGAUUUGUAUGGAUCUGAUGCUCCUUCUCCUUACAACCCACUUCAGAGCAAGUUCUUUGAGACAUUUGCUGCUCCUUUCACAAAGAGAGGUUUGCUUCUCAAGUUCUUGAUUCUUGGAGGUGGCUCUUUGCUUACUUAUGUCAGUGCUUCCUCGACGGGCGAUGUUCUUCCUAUUAAACGAGGUCCUCAAGAGAAGCCUAAGCUCGGUCCUCGGGGAAAACUUUAAAUUAGCUUUCUAAAAUCCAUUCAAAAUGUCACAAAAAUUUCUACCCAAUUCUGUGAACCCUUUUUAGUGCUCUAUGUAUAUUGUGCUGUGUUAAUUGCUUUGUAAGACAGUUAAUUAUGAGAAUCAGUUAUGAUGAAUCAAUGAAGAUUGUCUUUCAA